ACUCUGAGAAGCCAGGAUGGACCCUUCGGAGGCAGAUGCCAGCUCUACAAGGGCGGUCUCCCUAGCACUCUAUAUGCUCUUCUGACACCCGGCUCUCUGCUAGCUAUGGAAAGUUCCUCAUCGAGACUGAGCCCAUCCUCUUGGAAGCGCCAACAAGCAUGGGCCAAUCAGUACUGCACACGGCACAGUACGGCUAUAGAAGAAGAGACGUCCAAUAGCUGCCAAGAAACACCUGAGCUGCAGCCAGCGUUCUUGGAAGAGGCAUUCUUGCAAGGAAAUUCAUCCAGUACGAUUGAGAACUGGCUGGAGCAAUGCAACUCUUCUGGGGACCCUUUCAUGGACAGCCUCUCUGCUCAAGGUGCCUCUGGACCCUGCAGCAACAGAACCAGCUUUGAAGAUGACCUUAGCCUGGGAGCAGAAGCCAUAUUGUUACUGGACAAAGACACAGACAUAUCCAGGCCCCUCAAAGGUGCAUCCUGGUCUGACCUACACCUUAAUCUGGACCACAGCCUAACUUCUAGUACUUUCUCCGUCAGCACUAACAAAACUAACUCCAGUAUCUCAGAGGUGCUGGAGCGGUGUGAGGUUGAUGCCGAGACCGUCCUCUCCAACUUGGGCUUCAUACAAGAGGAGACCCCGGCUGCAUCGUGGAUCCCGGCUCGGUUCUUCGCCAUUCCGUCCCAGGCCCAAGGCAUUGACUUCCAGCUGUUCUUAAAAGCCCAGGUGCAACGGCUGGAGAUGGAGGAUCCUUACCUGAUGCUAGCAAGCCGGUUCAAGCAGGUCCAGACCCUGGCCAUAACGGCCAAUGCUUUCUUCUGCCUGUAUUCCUACGUGUCUAAGACCCCUGUCCAAAAGAUCUCCCCUGCCCUCCUGUUCUCAGCCUUCCCGGACAUCCCAGAUUCUUGGAACACUCCCUCCAAGCAAGAAACCGAAUCACCUUUACAGCGCCUGAAGAAAGCCAUUUCAAGAAUGUGCUUGUACACUUUGCCUUCAUCCAAAAAGCAACCUCCUAUGAGCCGACUGGAACAGAUAGCAUGGGAAGUGAUUGACCUGGCUCGCAAAAACAGACUGUAUUGUGACGUGGAAAACAGAAAGGAAGAGCCUCCCAUGGUGCAUAGUGGAGGCCCCUCACUCCAAGCCAGGAGAAGUGCCUCUUCUAUGUCCACAGCUACUUCCACAACUUCUUCCUGCUUCUAUUUUAAAGCUUCCAGUCAAUCUGGGCAAAAGACAGAGUUUCCGCAAGCUCUUUCCUUGUGCAGACUUUCUCACUGCACAAGAGAGACAAGUAUAGGGGAGACAGGCCAUAUCGGCUACCAAGAACAAUACUGUUAUGGGAGACAUUCUCCAAAAAAGGCUUCUUCACCAGAGGAGAGCAGUGAUGAAUCAGAAGGAAAUUGAUCCAGCGAGGAUGACUGGGUAUGUAGACGGAGAUACUGUAGCAUGGGAAGGCAUCGGUCUGAAGGUUCAAACCUCACCGUAGCCAUGGACCCAGCAGGUGGCCUUAAUCAAAUUACCUCCUAAGCCCAGCUGUGUAAUAUGGGGAUAAUAACAGAAUAGUAGAGACUUAACUGGUGGGUUGUCGUAAGGAUUACAUAGCGGCAUCCAGCUAUGUGCCUCCUGAAGCCGUCUUCCCCGAAGUAUCCUUUCUCCAAUGCAAAGAACCGGUCCUGGCUUUUCUCCAUCUUCACUUGAUAAGAACAGAUAUUCAUGCAGAGUAGCUACAUAGCUUGGAAGGCUGUGAAAUAAUUUUCUUCUUUGAAAUUCUUCAUGGAAAGAAAGACAGCUAAUAUUUAAUAAUAGUUUCCCUAGAGUACAGUCUGGGACCUAUGGGGCUAACUCAUUUUCUUUUUCAAUGUUCCUUGAAUA